CUGCGUAGUGGCACCUUGUCUCAAAGAAAAGGCCACACCCCUACCUCUGCUUAUCAGAGAAGUGUUACAUGGAUGCUCCAAGCUUUCUCCCACAUCACUCCAGAAAGAGGGCCUGUCCUUAAGGACCCCAGAAUCGUCCCCAUUCCAGGUCUCCUUUGAUGUUCAGGAGACCAGAUAUACCGUCUUCCCUCCUUUAAGAUGCCAAUCUCCAGCCCGCCCUGAUUCCCCUUUCACUUCACCUGAGGCUACUACAGCUGGAGACCGGGUUGAACUGUCUCUUUAAGGGAGGAAUGGAGUGGGGGCGUCCCUCGCCUCAGGGAGACCUGACUUGUGCCUGCCUGCCCAGGUUUGCUCAGGGCGUGGCGGUGUGGAUAAAGGCUGCCCUGGCUUGGGAGUCCAUACUCUGCUUUCUCCCGGAACCUCGAAGCCUGUUGAGCUACUCAGCCAGUGAGCUUCAGGUUCACCGCCAGCCUUCCUGUGUGUACCCUGGGCUGUGCUCCCGGAGAGCAAGCAGCAGGUGGGACAGAAGUACAAAGCUUUACAUCCUGGGUGCCCUGCUAAGGUUGGCCUGUUCUCUGGACUCCUCAGGUCAACGCUGACAUGCAAGAGUUUGCUCUGAGCCUGUUGGUCCUUCUAGCAGGCCUGCCUACUUUGGAUGCCAAUGACCCUGAAGAUAAAGAUAGCCCUUUCUACUAUGAUUGGCACAGCCUCCGAGUCGGCGGGCUCAUCUGUGCAGGGAUUCUCUGUGCCCUGGGCAUUAUAGUUCUCAUGAGUGGCAAGUGCAAAUGCAAGUUCAGCCAGAAACCCAGCCACCGUCCAGGAGAUGGGCCACCCCUCAUCACACCAGGUAUGACACAGGAUGAUUGGGGGUGACACGUGGGGGUAAUGGUCACUAGUGGAAGCUGGAGUGGGAGCGUGCCUGAGUCAGGGAGAAGGAAAGGGGAGAUGCUUGCAAACUGACUCCAUUCCCUCUACCAGGCUCUGCUCACAACUGCUGAGGAUGGAUCAGUUAAAAAAGUGCAGGUCCUGUCUCUGGAGAUGGGCUUGAACUCCAAGAUGUCUGGGCUCCUCCUCUCCUGACACUGCCUUCCCCGAGCCUCAUCUCAUGGUAGCAGGUUCUUUGUUCAGUUGUUAAUAUAAAAUGAUUUUACGUCA